AUGGGUAAAUCGAGCAAGAAGUCUGCUGUUCAGGUUGCACCUGCCUCUGGGCUGGUCCCAGAUGCAAAAUCUGGAAAGAAAGGCAAGAGGAAUGCGGAAGAUGACAUUGAGAAGGCUGUCAGUGCCAAGAAGCAGAAAACUGCACCUGAGAAGGCCGUGCCUGUGAAGUAUGAUCUUAAAGUCAAGAAGCUCCCUCCAAAGAAGGUCGAGUGCAGCAGUUCUGAUGAGGAUUCUUCAGAAUCCGAGGACGAGGUGAUGGUUCAACCAAAGAAGGCUGCACCGUCUGCUAAACAGGAGUCCAGCUCUGAUAGCAGCGAUGAGAGCAGUUCUGAUGACGAACCUGCAAAAAAGCCUGCUGCUGCUUCGAAGAAACCCACUGCACUUGCUAGCAAUGGUUCAAAGAAAGUCAAGUCUGACAGCAGCAGCUCGGACAGCAGCUCCGAUGAGGAUGUGAUGGUCCCACCCAAGAAGGCUGCACAAUCUGCUAAACAGGAGUCCAGCUCUGAUGGUAGUGACGAGAGCAGCUCUGAUGAUGAACCUGCAAAGAAGUCUGCUGCCGCUUCAAAGAAACCUGCUGCAAAGACUGAAAAUUCAGAUAGCAGCAGCUCUGAUGAGGAUGAAGAUAUGCUUCCCGCUAAAGCACCAGCAGCAGCCAAGAAGAUUGAAGAAUCCAGUGAAAGUUCUGAUUCUGAAAGCUCUGACUCUGAGGUAAAGCCAGCUACUGAAGUGAAGAAUUCUGCGGUUGCCACUGCACAAAAGAAGAACCAGGACGGCUCUGACAGUGAUUCUGAUGAUUCAUCAGAUGAGGAUAUGGCCACUAAAAAACCAGUAGCCAAGAAAGUGAUAGAAUCCAGUGAAAGUUCUGAUUCUGACUCUGAGGAGGAGGAUACCACUGCUAAACCAGUUCAAUCUUCCAAGGCUGUUGCUGUUAAGAAGGGCAAAGAAUCUAGUGAUAGCUCAGAUUCUGACUCAGAUUCAGAUUCUGAAGAAGAUACCACCGCUAAAACAGUUUCUGUAAAGAAAGAAGAAUCUAGUGGCAGCUCAGAUAGUGACUCGGAUUCAGAUUCUGAUGAACCAGCAAAAUCUGCUAUUCCUGCGAAGAGGCCUCUGACAACAGAGAAAAAGAGUGAACAUUCCAAGGAUGAUUCUGAUGAUAGUUCUGAUGAGAGUGAUGAGGAAGAGCCUCCACAAAAGAAACCUAAGGAUUCAUCUUCUGCUGCUGCCAAGCCAGUCUCUAAGGCUGCCAAGAAAGAAAGCAGUGAUGAUGAUGACAGUUCUGAAGAGAGCUCUGACAGUGAUGAGGAAAAGAGUAAAUCGGUGUCAGUGGCAAAACCCAAGCAGAACGAACCAAAAACUCCUGCCAGCAGUGGUCAAGCUACUACUGGGUCAAAGACCCUUUUUGUUGGGAAUCUGUCAUACAAUGUGGAGACUGAACAAGUGAAGCAAUUUUUUGGGGAGGCUGGUGAGGUUAUGGAUAUUCGUUUUGCUACCGCUGAUGAUGGGAGCUUCAAGGGUUUUGCACAUGUUGAAUUUGCUACAACUGAAGCUGCUCAAAAGGCAUAUGAAUUAAAUGGAGAAAAUUUGGCGGGGAGGCCUGUCAGGCUUGAUUUUGCUCGUGAGCGAGGCGCUAUUACUCCUGGCAGCGGGAGGGACAAUAGUUCUUUCAAGAAGCCUGGUCAAAGCAAUACUGCCUUUGUUAGAGGAUUUGAUGCAUCUCUUGGGGAGGAAGAGAUCCGAAGCUCGCUUCAAGAUCAUUUUAGCUCAUGUGGAGAUAUUAGAAGAGUUUCAAUCCCAAAGGAUUAUGAUACUGGCGCAAGCAAAGGGAUAGCGUACAUAGAAUUUGAUGACAGCAGUUCUUUGCCCAAAGCGCUUGAGCUGAACGGGUCUAACAUUGGAGAAGGCUUAAGCUUGUUUGUUGAUGAAGCCAAGCCUAGGGCAGAUAACAGAGAUGGCGCUGAUAGUGGUAACAGGAGAGCAGGAAGAUUUGACGGGGGCGGGGGCCGCAGAGGUGGAAGAUUUGAUGGGGGCUCGGGCCGCAGAGGUGGAAGAUUUGACGGGGGCGCGGGCCGCAGAGGUGGUGGAAGAUUCGGCCGGGGUGACAGAGGCGGCCGGAGUGACAGGGGCCGUGGUCGGGGUGGUGCACCCCCCAGGCAGAGUGCUGGCACACCUAGUGCAGGGAAGAAGAUAACUUUCGGUGAUGACUGA